CUUGCUUUGAAUGAGCUCGCAUCAAGUUGCGAUGGCCGAAGCCGGACGCCAGCAGAAGGCAGGUCGUCCGACGCCACCGCCCGCGCUCGCCCUUCCGCAAGUCAUCGAGGCCAUAGCGACGUGCUUGUACUACGUUGACGACUCUGACAAUUUUCUGCACGCGGUCUCACGCUGUGUCUGGGCACCAGCGCUGACCGCCUUCUACGAAUUGCGCAUCACGCCAUCAGUCACGGCUGAGUGGCCGCUGCUUUACCUUGACGCAAUGGAAGCAUCGCGCGAGGUGCUGGCACUGGUCGCGGCGACGCUGCCGCUGCGUCCGUGCGUCGUGAUCCCAGACGCGAUCUGGCAGCUGGCCUCAUUGGUCAAGGUCGCCCCGAUCUUGGCCGGGCUCAGCCGCGUCACACUCGACGACCUCCUCUUGCAGCGCUGCCCGUUUCUGCACGAUAUCAACAUCAACGUUGAGGCGUUGCAUGCCAUGGCUGACGCGGAGCUCAACGAUCUGCUAGCGGUGUUCGCCCACCCGCGUCUCCGCUGGAUGCGCAUUGAUUUGCUGAACGCACGCAUCAUUACGCCUCAAUUUGGGCAGCGUCUGAUCACUUGGCUGAGAACGGUGCCAGCCACCAAGACCUAUCUCUCGUUGACCAACGUGGCGCAUUGGGACCGCGCCACGGUGCUGGCCUUUUGCGACGCGCUACAAGCCAACACAUCGCUGUGCUGUCUCUCGAUCAGCAAUGUCGUCGGCCUCGGCGGUUUCCACGGGCGGUGUUUCCCGACAUCCUUAAAGGUCUUCUCGUGGAGUUGUCACGGAGAUGUCGACGACGCGACGAUCCAGGACGUCGCAACCGCCCUCGGUCCCACGAAACUCGAGCGCCUCUGCAGCAGCGCCUUUGGCCAGCUCACGCGAUGUUCGGCAACGGCGCAACAGCUCGCGACACUGCAGCACCUCAGCGUCUAUCGGUUAAGCGUUCAGAAGAUGAAUGAAUUGGUCGCUGUCCCGGCGCUCACGUCGCUUAAGCUUGACGCGUGUGACGUCUCGUCGGUCGCAGAACAUCUCAUGGAGACGCUAGCGACCACAUGUGUGCAUCUCGAGAAGCUCCUCAUCCCGGAGCAUCCACUGACUCGCGAUGGCGUCACAACUAUUUUCGUUGGCGCGCUGCGAUUGCCGCAGCUGACGUCGUUGAGCCUUUCGAUGCGCCUCCCCGAUGUGCUGUAUGCCCUUCCCGAGCUCGUCGAUGUGGGCCGUCACGUCCCAGACCUCUACCUUGUGUCAUCGACGCCCAAUCAAGAGAGCGAGGCGCACGAAGGCAAGCGCGCUAGCUAUCUUGCGAGCGCUGUCGCUGCCGCGCUCGGUCCGCGCGCCGAUCGAGACCACCGCUGCCGCUUGCUUCUUUAA